AUGAAUGGGCAUAGCUCGACUGCCAACAACCCCGUGUUCGAGGCCUAUGGCCUGCCUGGAGACAUCACCAUUGGCAGCAACAGCAAAGGACCACAUCCUUCCUCCACCCACAGACCAGUGCAGCAUCCAGAAUGGGACAAGCCGGGCAAGACGGGCUAUGUAGUCUCCCACCACAUGAUCAACGAGCCGCCGCCGGCGAGACCGCGCUUCAAGAUCCUCAUGAUCGGGGCCGGCGCCGCUGGUAUCGACUUGCUUCAUUAUGCACCCAAGGAGCUCGCCGGGCUGGGCGUUGAGAUUGCCUGCUACGACAAGAACCCCGAGAUCGGUGGAACAUGGUACGAGAACCGGUAUCCGGGUUGCGCCUGCGACGUGCCCAGCGUGGGAUACACAUUCCCAUGGAAAGCGUACCCUCGCUGGACGAGCUUCUACUCUACGAGCCAAGAAAUUUGGCAAUACAUGAAGGACAUCGUUGACGAGGAGGGGAUGAUGAAGUACAUCACCCUAAACACCACCGUUGUUGCUGCCAGAUGGGACGAGCAGAAGAGCGUAUGGGUUGUCAAGCUCACACAAUCGUCCAACAGCACCGGGGCAAAGGAGUGGGAGGAAGAGUGCGACCUGCUUGUGAAUGGUGCGGGCUUCUUGAAUGCAUGGAAGUGGCCGGAAAUUCCUGGCCUCAAAACCUUCAAGGGUGCCUUAUUCCACACUGCAAACUACCAAGAGGGGUACGACCUGACGGGCAAGCGGGUUGCCGUCAUCGGCUCCGGCAGCUCAGGCGUCCAGGUCUGUGCAGAUAUCUAUUCCGAGGUUGGGAAGCUGUACACUUGGGUCCGGGAACCAACUUGGAUUACCGCGGCGUUUGGUCAGCAGUUCGCUGGAAAGGACGGCCGUAACUUUGACUAUACUGAGGAACAAAAGGUCGCCUUCGACGUCGACCGGGAGAGUUACCACCGCUACAAGAAGAUGAUUGAGAAUGAGCUGAAUAAGAGAUUCAGGCUCGUCCUUCGGAACACCAAGGAGUCGGAUGAGGCGAACGCGUACGCAUACAAGGAGAUGUCGACGAAACUGGCCAACAAGCCAGAGAUUCGCGACGCCAUGAUCCCCGACAACUUCAACGUUGCCUGCCGUCGCCCGACGCCGGGCAAUGGCUAUCUAGAUGCCCUUGUGGGCGAGAAGACGACCGUCUUCACGAGCAACAUCCAGACCAUCACCGAGCGCGGGGUCGUCGACUCUGCCACGGGCCAGGAGCACGAGGUGGACGUCAUCAUCUGCGCGACAGGCUUCGACACGUCGUACCGCCCGCGCUUCCCCAUCACGGGGCUGGACCCCACGAUCACGCUGGCCGAGAAGUGGGCCGACUUCCCGGCCAGCUACCUCGGCAUCGGUGUGGACGGGUUCCCCAACUACUUCACCUACUCGGGUCCCUUCACGCCGGUAGCGCAGGGGUCGAUCCUGCCCAUCAUCUCCAUGCUCACCAACCACCUGAUGGAGAUGGUCCGGCGCAUGCGCACGCAGCACAUCCGCCGGCUGAGCCCCAAGCCCCAGGCCGUGGCCGACUUUGUGGAGCACACGCAGACCUUCAUGCCGCGCACCUGCUGGGCAGACCCCUGCGCGUCGUGGUUCAAGCAGGGCACCACGGAUGGCCCGAUCGUCAUGUGGCCGGGCUCGCGACUGUCCUUCUUCGAGGCGCUGCACCACCCCAACUUUGAGGACUACGAGGUCGAGUACUGGAGCGGCAAUCGCUGGGGCUUCCUCGGCACCGGCUUUGUCGACUUUGAGUUCACCGGCACUAGGGAUCUGACUUGGUACCUCGAUGUCUUCUCCGACAAGGAGCAGUGGAAGAGGGGCGUGCCCUUCGACCAGGACCCGGACGAAUUCCGCGAUGUCUCUGCCGGCGCGCUGCCGGGCACCAAGAUCUUGGGGCGGAAGAGCACGGAGGCGCCGUUGGAGGUUCUUGGCACUGCUCCGGAUGCUGGGCAUUAA